GAGAGGAAGAAGGAGGGAGGAGGGAGCAGUCUGGCAGUCAGCUGAUCACUGCUCUGGCAUUCAGAGUUGAAGCGGAGGAUGGAGAGAGAGAGAGGCUGAGGGAGAAGAGGCUACUGAUGCUACAGUAAUCUGUGAUCUAACAGAGAGUAAGAAACCAACAGCGUCAUCUCAGCUCUGUCAGCCUCUUGUCACGGUUUGUUCCGGGAUCAACAAUGCAGAAGAGCAGUCUGGGAAACGAAAGCAAAAGGAGGAAGUGAAGAGAGAAACAAGAGAUGACAAAAAAUCAACAUCCUUUCAAAAAGAGAGAGAGAGAACACACGGAUCAGCUCCAAGACACACUGAGAGAGAGAGUGAGAGAGAGAGAGAAAGAGAGAGAGAGAUACAAGUAAACAGACUCUGUGGUGAGUCACUCCUCCUCUCUUCUACUCUCCUCUGGUGCGUUGUUGCUUAUGCACAGAGGAGCAGCAGAACUAAGAGAGGAGUUCAAUCUAGAGCCAGAGGAGGAGAACCAGACUGUGUGGGAGUAACAGAACCGAGAGUGGAACUGUAGAACCUGUAAGGGACCAGACCCUUACAACCAGGAGUAUCAUCAGACUCAGUGGGGUGCAACUAGACCCAGGGGGUUGUAUACUGUAUAGAGGAGCUGGUGUGUCUCUGUAGAGAUGUCCUGGGGGUCUUUGCUGUCUCCAGUCCAGUGGGCCAAAUGGACUUGGUCAGCUGUGCGGGGGGAGAGGAGGAUGAGGGGGAGGAGGGAGCGCCCGGAACCAAUGAUGGAGAAAAUUCGGACUCAGAAGGGAACUUUGAGACCCCAGAGGCGGAGUCUCCUGGUCUGCUGAAUGACCUGACCCAGCUGGAUAACUCUGCCCACACAGUCCUCACCAGAGAUGUCGGACAGCUGACGCCCCGCCUCGUCCUGGACAGAAACUCCAAUCAGGAUGUUUAUCCCACGUCCCUACAGGAGGUCCAAGAUGCCCUAAACAACCUCAAUAGCUCCUCCCCUUCUCUGAGUGGAGCAGGUUUAGACCAGAACCUGAACCUGAGGUUGAUCUCAAGACCUGGAGAAGGAGAUGGUCUCUCCCCGUCCCCUCUGCCCCAGCCCCGCACCCUACGCCCUGCCUCGCUCCCUGUCCACAACUUCCCUGACCCCGCAGAGGUUGAUGACAUUUCUCCUAUCAACUAUGACCCCAACGGCAACAUGAACUCUGACCCCAAAAGCCUGACCCCUGAACUGGACAGACCGGACUCAGACAGACAGUCACCUAAGAUGAGCAUGGACAUCACGAACUCCUGUAAAGUGAAGAAGCUGGACAACCAGACUCCAUUACAGAACACCAGUGGAGAGGACAACGACCAUCGCAAAGGUCAUGCUACAGAUGAGGAGAAGCUAGCCAGCACAACAGGACUCGGAGCAGAUGGAGACCACAACGAGCUGAAUGUGUCAGCCAGACCAGAGGAGUCAGACUGCUGUUCUAUGUAUGAGGACACCUGCCAGCUGAAGAACGCCAAGCUGGGAGGAAGUAACACGCAGAAGAAGACAGGAAGUGAGAUUCUAGACGCCAUUUGCAUCAGCGAGGAGGAGAAAAUGGCUGUUCUCACCCUUAUCAGAGAGGAGAUCAUCACUAAGGAGACGGAGGCCAGUGACUGGAGGAGAAAGUACGAGGACAGCAGACAGGAAGUCAUGGAGAUGAGGAAAAUUGUGGCAGAGUAUGAGAAGACCAUCGCCCAGAUGAUUGAGGACGAACAGCGCAACACCCUGAGCGCCCAGAAGUCUUUGCAGGCUGUAACCAUGGAGAAGGAGUUGGCGCUAGCGGACCUGAACUCGGUAGAGCGCUCGCUGUCUGACAUGUUCCGCCGCUAUGAGAACAUGAAGAGCACCCUGGACGGCUUCAAGAAGAAUGAGGAGGUGCUGAAGAAGUGUGCUCAGGAGUAUCUGGCCAGAGUCAAGCAGGAGGAGCAGAGAUACCAGACACUCAAACUCCACGCCGAGGAGAAACUAGACAAGGCUAAUCAGGACAUAGCCCAGGUACGCAGCAAGGCCAGCUCUGAGAGUGUUGCUCUGACCGCCAGCCUGAGGAAGGAACAGAUGAGGGUGGACUCUCUGGAGAGAGCCCUGCAGCAGAAGGCCGAGGAAAUCGAGGAGCUCACCAAGAUCUGUGACGAGCUCAUUGCCAAGAUGGGCAGAACAGACUGAGGCAGAUUCCAUACGUCCAAAUCAUUCAAUCUUGAUCUGCUGAGAAAUCCCUGCCUACAACUUAUGGCAUACUCUGCCCUGUGCAUGCAUCCAGCCAAUGAGCAGUUCUGUUUUCCCUUGGGGCGUCUGCCUCUAAUGCUGCUGUACUGGUCCGAUGUCAUAUGAUAACCCAUUUUCUCUUGAGUAGUGUACCCUAUGGAGAAUAGGGUGUCAUUUGAGCCAGAGAUUGUUACAUGUGGACUGUUUUGGUCAUUUUCACCAUGCAAGACCAAAUCCCUUACUCCCUCCAUCUGUCGUUCUGUCCUGUAACACAAAUAUAAUAUAAUGUGCUGUCUAGGCAUUGCAUAGAUUUGGGCUUAUUUACCUGACGAUAACAUUUUGUGGAGCACUUAUUAAUAGAUUGUGUAUAUAAACACCCUGGCUGAGAUGUACUGUACAUAUUUAUUCUGAACACUAGGAGACUAGGGUGGGACCAGGUAGACACGCUCUAGGACAGUUAGAGGUCAGGGGUGAGCUGUGUUUGACCCUUCUGUAUGACUACACUAUUACAGGGAGGGAGGGGGGGAUAUGGACAUAGGGAUAAGGAUGCACUGCUAUUGAUGGGGGUUGUGUGGGGCGUUGUCCUGGAAAGUAUAAAGCUUUUCUCCUGUCUGUAAUGAGGCCUUGUGUUAGCAGUGGAGGAGGGGCUGUAGGUCUACUGUAUAGUCUGCUCUGUGUGGUCUUGGAUAGGUUUAGAUCACCUCCAGCAUAACUGCACAGGGGAGGAUUUCUCGCCGUCCUAAACUCCACCUGGUUAGUGUUUGUCUCAGGCCAGUGUGUUGGAGCAGAGAGUAGAAUACUCAGUUACUCAAUCUGGAAAUGGUGAAUUUAAUACAAAGACUAUAUAUUUUGUGUAUGUUCAAGUAAACUGGAAGUGUUUGAAUGACUGGCUGUUAUUUUUAGUUCAGAAUUUUAAAAAUGCUCAGAAUAUCCUACUCAUGUUCCCCUCUGGCCACUGACAUGCACAGCACCUGUAGUGUCCAGGUGUGAAACGUUAUGACAUGGCGGUAGAGGGAACUGUUCCAGGAUUACUUGAGCUCCCAUUGACCCUGGUCCAACCAUCAGGGAAUUCCAGCAGACAGAGACAAAGAGUAAACCACAAAGCAGGUUCAAUGAGUUAAGCAGCUAACUUGCCUAAAUAGUCAGAAAGAAUGGUUAUUCUUUGGAAAGAACCUUGAAAUGGGUAAUGUGCUCUAUAUAGGGAAUAGUGCACUAUAUAGGGAAUAGGGUGCCCUUUGGGACACACCAGUGUGUUUUACUGCAGCACCUAUUUAGUGGCAUGGAAAGAUAACGUUUCUCUUAUUCACUGCUUGACUGUUCUCCGCUGAACUGGUUGUGUUAAAUGCUCGUCACCCCUGUGGAGAGUCACACCACCUCACAGUACUUGUUCCCUCUCCGCCAUACUGCUCUGUGGACGACCAUAGUUCAACAAGAUGCAUUAUAAACUGGGUGGUUCCAGCCCUGAAUACUGAUUCGUUGACAGCCCUCUCUAUCAUGCACAUUUUUGCGCCAUUCUGCAGUUGCGUUGCCUCCAGCGUCGUUGACGGUUUCGUUAAACAACUGUUUUUUUAAACAUGUCACCAAUCUCUUUUUUUGAAUUGUCAUUUAUUUGUGAAGUGGUAAUAAAAGUACAGCUAUACUGACUAUGUUGACUAAUACAGUAUAUGCAGUGUGUCUUGAGUAAACAAGAUUGCAGUAAUAAAGGAGUGUGUUCUCAUGGCUUCUGUGUGCAGGAGAGUUUCUCUGUUCACAGCUUCACAGGUAUGGUCUGACAUCACAGCUUCAGAGGACGGGUCUGACAUCACAGCUAGACAGAUUGGGUCUGACAUCACAGCUACAAGCACUGACUGAACUGAAUCCUCUGUCUCUGCCAGAGUGAACCGUUGUCUAGCCCUGGACUAGCAGCCAAACAGAGAAGUGUGAAAGGCGUCACCAUGUCGGCUUUAUCCUCUUAUUCUCAGAGCUAACAUCCCCUGACACAAUUAUGUCCUCUGUGUGACACACAGAGACACGCAGACUCAUACAUACUGUGUGAAAUGCAUGUUAGAGGGCAAGCACAUGUGAAUUUCCCUGUAGUUGGUGUGACUGGUCUGUGAUAACCCCAGUGUGGUUGCAUUAUUUCUCUGAUCACUAAGACUGCAUACUGUAGGGGGGGGGGUGCUGACUGCGAAGGUAAGUGAGUGAAUACAGUACAGACAACAGUACUGACAGUAUACCUGACCCUGUCAAAGCUACCCUGGGUAAGCUCAUUAACACAAUAACAAAGGGUGCUGGGUGUGCAGGGUUGAUAGGGAUUAGGGCUAAGAUGUUAUUGCCCCCAAGACACCCCUGCCCCCAUUCUCUUUUCUCUCCUCUGCGUUUACCUUCUCUCUGCCCCCAUUCUCUUUUCUCUCCUCUGCGUUUACCUUCUCUCUGCUCCCACUCCAGCACUAUGAAGACUGUCCUGGCUCUGCUGAUGUUGGUGUGCCUGGCCUGCCACAGUCACGCACUGAAGUGUCACUCAUGCAUAGCGUCCAAUGAGGAUGAUUGUACUAAACAAGGAUCCACCACCUGCCCUCAAUUUGCUGACGCCUGCUCCACCAUCACAGGACAGAACACGGUGAUGAAGUCAUGCUCCUACAAAGCAUUCUGUGAUAAGGCCCACAGUGGCAACUCUGGAGCCAAGAUGGAGUGUUGUUUCACUGAUGACUGCAAUGGGCCUCAUAAGGGCCACCAGCAUGGGGAGCACAAAAACACAGCUGGAGCCCUGGGAGCCAGCCCUGCUCUGCUACUUGGGGCUCUGAUGCUCCGCAUGGCCCUCAGCAGGUUCUAAACUCAUGAUCAUAAAUACAUUCAUCCCUUUACUAUCCAUGUAUUCAUUAUUUCAUACAGCCCUACCACGAAACCAUUUAUCCAUCCAUCCCCUCAGAGUGUGUCUGCAGAAUGCUGAUGAACUAGGGUUUGGUGAAUCAUACAGGGAUUAGUAAGAGUGUGUGUGUGUGUGAUGCCUGUGGUGGUGGUGGGGGGGUCAGUAAAGCACAUUCAAUCAAGUUUAAAGACAGAUGGAACUGAUGCAUUACUCCGCAUGAUUCAGCUCUGUCACAGUUGUGUGUCCGUAACCAGUCUUAUGUACAAACUGAGAUGUUUGAUAUGAUCAGAGAGAGGAUGGAACUCCUGUAGUGUCAGUAGACUCUGGGUGGAUGUGAGCCAGGCUGGGGUUAGAACUUUAGAUGUGUAUAUACUAUGUUUAUACCUGGGGCAGAUCUAAAAUGUCACCCAUGGUAGCCUGUGUAUGUAUGAUACUGUUGGUUAGUGCUGGGCUCCCAGUAGGCCUAGUGUUAGGCUCGUUCCCACAGUAACCACAUACGCUAGGGCACUCUUAAGCCUUCAGACUCCAAUCAUCAUGAAUUAAACAGGAACUCAACACUGAAAGACAUGUUGGUACUUGUUGGUCCAUUGUUAAUAUUGUUAUGCUUCAAUACUUAUUUAUAAAUAAACAUGCUAUUCCACCCUUA